AUGAGCGAGGGCUUUGCACCUUGGCCGCAAGCCCUUGCUGGACAAUCAUCAGAACAAUGUUAUAUUCCAACCGUUCCCUCUCAGGGUGGUCUGUACACAACGUAUACGAUCACGUGUGCAGACCACCCGUCCUCGCCAGGCCCGUCGAGUCCGAUGGACAGAAAGGCGCUCUCACCCACGUUGAGUCAGAGUGGGUCGUCCGCUGGCAACAGUUCGGUCGAUCAUGAAGAAGAACUCAUCGUCGAAACCUCUCAAAUAAAUCCUCAAUACACCCAACAAUUCUCUGAAGAACCCUCGCACAUCGAGUAUUGCUCACUCGUCGACACCCCUCCCAUCUACUCUCUACGCUCCUCCAUUGGUUACGGAAUCGCUCGUAUCAUUUUCAUUGAAAAGCUCAUCUGGAACUGUGCACUCCAAAUCUAUGGUAUCUAUGGAGCACCUACGACCCGAGAACCAGGACCGACAUCUUCAAUUUCGUUGGAGGUACUCGUCCAAACGGGCCUUGUCCAUGGCUUAUGCAACGAGAUUGUCAUCCUACCAAUCAUGGCCGCCAUUCAAAAGGGGCCUGGCUCGAUGAGCAACCAGGCCGAUAUGAUUCCUUUUCCAAUGUUCAUGGCCGAAAUGCUCCGACGGAUGAAAGCGAGCUAUUUUUUGCUCCAAACCGCGAUGCGUUAUGUCCUGGAUAUAGAGUCACAGAUCCGUUCAACUCGCGAGCGUGCUGCCUGUGGCUGGUGCCGCUCAGGUAUAUUUGGAUGUGAUCAUUCAACCUAUGCCGAACCGAGCUCCUCCUCCCGUUUCUCCCGUGGUCGGAUUUCCAAUGGGAAGCAACUAAGGCAAGAUCUGACUAGCGUCCCCACAUCCACCUUUACCAAAUUUGACCCCCUGUAUCCCCUUGUCGAUCCCCGCAAAGCCUUCCUGGGCGCUCUCAUACUCGCCAACAAAUUCCAUCGGGAUAGAAGUAUUGGCAACAAGUCGUGGGCAUCUCUCAUUGGGCUCCCUCUGGAAGAAGUUCAUAGCGCAGAACGAGCAGUCGGAAGCGCUCUUGGAUGGACUCUGAGUCGGCCUUGGGUACAGGAAGCCAAAGAGAACGGUACCUGGGUACCUGGAUCGCUCGAUCCUACUUUCUCGGAGCCACUAUUCGCUACAAAUGAGCAAGAAGUUGCCCGCUAUGGCGUCAAAGCACUCCGCGAUUGCAAACAAUUACCGCCUCCCAUCCGCUUAGACCAGCUGUCUAGCGAGACACAAUUUGCGCCACCACUCACCUCUUCAAUAGAAACGGAUGGUGAAGUGACGCCUGACGCGACCCCUCGCCGUCCCCGCUCGCGGACAUUGACAAGUGCUGACAGUCGUCCGAUCGUCCCUCUCCCAGCCCGUCAACAGACCAUUGACACUCAGCCGGUUCGCAAAGCAAACCCGCUGAGAAAGGCUGCCACGGCUCCGUUUGUUCUCCAACCCAAUGCGACCGCAUCGCAACAGAUGUCACCGGAAUUCCUAUGGAGCGAGACACCUUGCAAGUCCACCACGUCGUCUUUCGAUACGUUUACGGACACCACACCCACAUUGGAACCGACACGCUCCAAACGCAAAGCCAGCCAGGAUUAUGGCCAUAUCUCGCUUCUCCGCCGCGGGUUUUCUGGACAGCGACUACCCGUACAAUCCCCCUCAGAUUCUGACCUUCCUUCUCCAAGCCCGUCCCACGCCUCCUGUAGCUCACAUUCCUCUUCCGUAGGGACGGGUGCCGCCACGCGGACUCGCCAGAUACGACAGAGGAGUGUGAUCUCAGAGUCCGGGGAUGAUACCUGUCCAGAACUAUCUCCGUCAACACGGUCUUCGACGUCACCCUCGGUGGGUUUGCUGACGCGGACCAACACUCCUGGAAGCCUCGACGCAGUGAUGAUGAUGGAUGAUGUUCACCAAUCACAGCCGACGUAUGCAGCUUCGAGGUCCUUUGCGAUCCACUACGCUGGAGCGCCGAUACACCGGCUCGACCAGAGUAAAUCCUCAGACGCUCCGGUUUCGUCGCUGGCUAUCCGCAUCUAG